CGUAGCUUAACAUGAUCUAUUUGUUUCCGCAUAUCUAUCAUUAUUCUACGAUAACGACCAUAUACCGAGGUUCAAUGCGCCUGGGAUCAUGAGGCCAAACUCAGAAUAAUAAUAAUAAUACGAGUCUAGGCGAAAACAGACAUAAUUACAUUGAAGGAUUGCAGAGUAAUCAAGGAAACAGUAAUAGACUGUUUUAAGUUGAAGACAACAUCGUGGGCGAAAGCAAGCGCAGUUAAUUUCGGAUGAACACGCACACGGCCUGACGAUGUUCGUGAUUUGUGAGAUUUGCGAUAUCACCAUCAACACUGCGGAAGAAUAUGACCGCCACAUCACAGGAAAACGACAUAUAAACCACCUCAAUUAUUACCGUGAGAAAAAGAAGCAUGCUGGAUGCAGUGUGUUUGUGAAGGGGUUUCCACCCAAAACCACAGAAUGGGAAAUGAAAGUGUACUUCAACAACUUCGGCCCUGUGGACAAGGUGAUCUUCGACAAGAAAGAUGAGAAGUUCCCCCAGUAUGCCAUUGUAGAGUUUACAUACGACCAGGCAGCCGAAAAUUGUCUCCGCUACACGCAGCCACACAUCGUCAACAGCACCAGACUCAACGUGAGGAAACGGGACUUCAAAGAGCUGUCAGAACAACCAUAUUUCCCAUGGCAGAAACCCAAGUCACAACAACAACAUUCUUGGAACCAACCCAGAGGUGUUCAGGCCCCACAGGGGCCACCUCAGGGUCAAGGUCAUUAUGAUCGUUCCUGGGACAGCCAGAGAGGACAUGGUUUUCAUGACCCACGUGGAGACCCGGGGUAUGAACCUCACUGGCAGAUGGACGGAGGCUACGGAAAUGAUAUGAGGAACUUUGAUCCUAACUACGAUCCAAAUAUUUAUCCAGAUUUUCAGCAGCAAGCUGUAUUUGGUCACCAAGGUCAAGGCCAGAGUGGUCAAGGUCAGCAAGGACAGAAAGGUCAGCCAGGGCUCCCUGGUCAGGGGAAGAAGAAAAAGAAGAAAAAAGGAGGUGCUAACCCACAGGCUACGAGGGACAAGCCCAAGAUGAAGAAAGAGGAUGUAAUUGACCUCCCUGUCACCGUGGAGGAAUUCCUAAAGGAAAUGAUGUCACAGACUCAGAAAGGGAUUCAGGCAGAAAUGGGGGUGCUAGGUGACAUGAUCCAGGUAACGUCACAGGAGCUCCAAUCACGCUACGUCAUCUGUAAAAUUCUGGAGGAUGUCCUGACCAUGUUCUUCCCAGGUGUCAGCAUCAAUCAGUUCGGAUCCUCGGUGAAUGGUUUCGGUAUCAGAGGCUGCGACAUGGAUGUAUAUAUAGACCUUACAAAUCUUGGCAUUCCGUGUCGUUCACAAUCUAUAGAGUUACCCUAUACAAGAGACAUCCGAUUCCUGAAGAAACAGAGGGGACCACUUGGCCAUGAUGAUAUGAUCAAAAUGAUGCCAAUCGAUAAAGCCAAGCUGAUUCUCCGAAUCCUUAUAGAACAUGCACCGUCUUGUGAGGAACUAACGCUGAUUCCGAGCAAUCGUUGCCCAAUAGUACGCUUCACACAUAAUGAUACAGGCAUCAAGUGUGACCUCUCCAUCGAUAACAAACUCGCCCUGCAGAACACCCGACUGCUUCAGACGUUGAGUCUAUAUGAUCAACGAGUUCGCCCCCUGGUGUAUGCAGUGCGGUACUGGGCCAAACUUAAGGGCUUGGCAGGGAACCCACGAGCCGGACCAACUCUCUCAAACUACGCUCUUACCCUCAUGGUCAUCUAUUAUCUACAGAACCUUCGCCCCAAGGUCCUGCCAACUGUACAGGAAAUGGCCGAACUAUGUGGAAACCAGCGUACGAUAAUCGGUCGAUGGGACUGCUCCUUUGUGGCGGCCCAGUUUAUACCUCCUACCAUGAAUUCACAGACAAACGAGGAGCUGUUGACAGGUUUUUUCACCUUCUUUUCGGAGUUUGAUUUCCACACCUUAGGCAUGUAUACAAGGACUGCACAGUCUUUCCCUAUUGCAGAGGCAGCGAACAGCGGUGUCGCUAUGAAGAUUGGGAUGUUCAACAUGCAGGAUCCGUUUGUAUUAGACCACAAUAUCACACUUAACAUAAACGAGAAAAUGCGACAGCUUAUUGCCAUGGAGUUUCGCGUGGCAGCAGCUAAAGCAGCAAAGUGGCAACUUGCGGAGAAGGCUGCCACCAAGACCAUACUAGAUCUGUUCACUGAGGAUGUCCCAGAGGGCGUGAAAUUUACUGACCUUACCUGUAAGACAACAUCUGGAAUCCAGCUUGGAGAAUACCAGUUUACCAUAGAGCUCAAGAUGGACUCCUUGGACCAGAGUCUGCUUCACACACUUAGGAAAACUGGCAAUCUACAAGUCGCUUGGUGUAAGAAGAUGUGUGUAUUUGCCUAUGGGAUUCUGGAACGUGUGCUUAUGUAUGAUAUAGAAAUCAACAAGACAAAUGUGACAGAACCACUGCCAAAGUCACGCUACUAUGAUCACAAACCAAAGGGCAGGAAACGCACAAACAGCUCAGAUGCAGUUGAGGCAGAGAGUAAGAAAACAAAAACGGGGACAACAGAAAAACCGGAAACUUCUACGGCUGGACAGAGUGCUGCUGAAAAAGAUGUGGAGGCUUCAACAAGUCUUGAAGCAGGACCAGCAUCUGCAUCUGCAUCUGCAUCAGUGCCUGGGGCUGGGACUGGGACAGUGUGUACACCAGAAGCAGGAACAGGGGCGGUGCCUGAAGCAGCGCAACAGGAGGAGCCAAUGGACGAGGGAGCUGCCAUUUCUGAAAGUUACGAAGAUGCAGAUGUGUACCUUGAUAUGGAUCUCAAGAUAUUCUGUAGAACAUGGGCAGAGCGCAAAAAAUUCCUCGCAGCAUUCAAGGAGCGUGGUUACAGUGACAGUGUCGAGUUAGAACAGGCCGUGUCAGAACGCCUGUACUACGACCACUUCAAGACGGCCAGGUUCCCUAUCGUGGAGUACAACUUCAUUGUCAAGUCCAUUGUGAACGGCAGUAAUGCUGUGUUGCUGUUUACUGCACAGGGGGACAAAGAUCAAAAGGAGUUCUACUGUGUCUUUCAUUACAUCAAAAAGUUCCUUACAAAAAUGGCGGAUAAACAUUUCUCUUAGAAGUUCACAUUGGGUCGAUUCUCAAAUACUGAUACUUUUUGAAGCAAAAUAUCACAUCGGAUGAUUUUUGAGUACCUCGCAAAAGUGAUCUCUUUGGGAGAUUCUGAUUACUAAAAUUACUCCUGAAUCAUUGCAUUAGGACUUUUUAGCAGGCUGAUCAUGACUAAUGGCCAUUUUAGGAAAAAAUGUACAUGUUGAUUGAGGGUUUCUCAUUCAUGUACAUGGUUAUCCUUUAGAGUGAUUGCAGUCUAUAUUUACAUACAAAUUUCUUCGGAUUUUGACAUGUCAGAAAAUUUUAGCAUACAGUAGGAUUGAAACAGUAUUGAAUCUGAGGAAAAUAACCCUAAACAAUAGGCUAAUCAGAAGUACAUGUAGGUAGUAAGAGGUACCGUAGGCCACAAGAGGCUUAGCAACCAAAACCAAACUUCAGAUAUUAGCUUAGUAUGUGUGGGAAGUCUUUAUUUGAUGCACCACCCAUCAACACUAUACAAGAAAAUGACUGGGAAAAAGUAAUGAAUUCCCGGUUCUAUCCUCAGUUAGCAUCAACACUAUACAAGUUAAUUACUGGGAUUGAAAAAUGAAUUCCCUGUUCUAUCCUCAGUUAGCAUCAACUCUAUACAAGUUAAUUACCGGGAUUGAAAAAUGAAUUCCCUGUUCUAUCCUCAGUUAGCAUCAACUCUGUACAAGUUAAUUACCGGGAUUGAAAUAUGAAUUCCCGUUUCUAUCUUUAGUUAGCAUCAACACAAUACAAAUAACAUUACUAAUGUAGAUCUAGGGUUCCAUAUCCUUGAUGAACUCAAGAUCACACAUCAAUGUCACUCUGAGUGUGUUACUGAUGUAGGUGCAGUAUUCCUUGUUAUAAACUUGUGGAGUCUGAGAUUGCUUAUCACCACCCUACCUUUGUUUGAUUUGAAGUUUUGUUAAAACAUUGAUUUAUAGACGAGUGACAAAUAUUUGAGGAUUUCAUAAAAGUAAUUGUUUUUAGACCUUUGUGUAGUGGUCAUGAGUGGCUGUUAUACUGCAAUCAACGCAAACAUCUAAUGCCUCUCUGUUGAAACAACCUUGUAUAAGUAAUUAGUUCGUCAGAGUCUGGUCU